UUGAUUGGAUGCCUGUUGACCGCAGCAGAAGCAGCAGGAAGAGCCGCUGCUGUAAUAAACAAACGCAGUGGAAACGGCUGGUAGCUCCAGGUCCUUGUCCCAAAACCCGCAGGUAUUCACCAAUAAAAAGCCUCAGCACAGACUUAUCAAGACCCCGUCUAGACUCACGGCAUUACCGGGUCUCAGCCUUAACCAGACCUCCGGGUCUUCACCGGGACCUGCUCGACCGGGGAGACGCUCACCGCACCGGGAGUUUAAAAGGGAUUAAAAGGUCUCUUCAGCCGUCGUCCAGCUCCGAGUGAGAACCAAUAACAGGUCCACUAACCUUAACGUGAACAGGUGAACAUAAGCAGGUGAACAUGACGGAUCUGAGGCGGCGAGGUGGAGGCGGCGACACCGACAACAGCGACAACAUCAGCGACAAGGAGGCUGACGGAGAGGACCGGCUGGCCUGUCCAGGGGAGGCGGAGUCUAAGGAUGCAACCCCUGAUGUGGCCCCCCCCUCCGAGAACACCCCACACUGUCUCAACAAGGCCCUGGAGGGCCUACCACCCAGAUGGAAGAAUUACUGGAUCCGGGGAGUUCUUUCUCUGGCCAUGAUUUCUGGUUUCUUCCUCAUCAUCUACCUUGGUCCCAUCACCCUCAUCCUAGUGGUGAUGACGGUGCAGAUAAAGUGUUUCCAGGAGAUCAUCACCAUCGGCUACCGGGUGUACCGCUCCUACGAGCUGCCCUGGUUCAGGACGCUCAGCUGGUACUUCCUUGUGUGUGUGAACUACUUCUUCUACGGUGAGACGCUGGCGGACUACUUCGGGGCCCUGGUGCAGAGGGAGGAGCCACUGCAGUUCCUUUCCCGCUACCACCGCUUCAUCUCAUUCGCGCUCUACCUGGCAGGUUUCUGCAUGUUUGUGCUGAGUUUAGUGAAGAAACAUUACCGCCUGCAGUUUUACAUGUUUGCCUGGACCCAUGUGACCCUGUUGAUCGUUGUCACUCAGUCCCAUCUGGUCAUUCAAAACCUCUUUGAAGGGAUGAUCUGGUUCAUCGUUCCCAUCUCCAUCGUGAUCUGCAACGACAUCAUGGCCUACCUGUUUGGCUUUUUCUUUGGAAGGACUCCACUGAUAAAGCUCUCCCCUAAGAAGACAUGGGAGGGGUUCAUCGGAGGUUUCUUCUCCACGGUGGUCUUCGGGUUCCUGCUGGCCUACCUCCUGGCUCAGUUCCAGUACUUUGUGUGUCCGGUGGGCUACAACAGCGAGACGUACCGCUUCACCGUGGAGUGUGAGCCCUCAGAGCUCUUCAUCCUGCAGGAGUACACACUCCCGGCCGUGGUGCAGAACGCGCUUGGGAAGGAGACGGUUCAGCUGUACCCCUUCCAGAUCCACAGCAUCUUCCUGUCUUCCUUUGGGUCGCUCAUUGGACCGUUUGGUGGAUUCUUCGCCAGCGGUUUUAAAAGAGCCUUCAAAAUAAAAGACUUUGCCGACACCAUCCCAGGUCAUGGUGGGAUCAUGGACCGCUUUGACUGUCAGUACCUGAUGGCCACUUUCACCCACGUCUACAUCGGUAGCUUCAUCAGAGGUCCUAACCCCACAAAGGUGCUACAGCAGCUGUUGGGUCUGCAGCCUGCGCAGCAACUCAGCAUCUUCAACACUUUGAGCUCCCACCUGAGAGAGAGGGGCAUGCUGCCCCCUGCUGGACUGUAGUGUGUGACUGUAGUGUGUGACUGACUGUAGUGUGUGUGUGUGUGUGUGUGUGUGUGUGUGUGUGUGUGAGUGUGAGUGUGUGUGUGUGUGAGUGUGUGAGAGAGACACAUGCAUGUGGGCAGCAUGCUGGGCCACAACUUUUUAUCAAACUACAGUGAACUACUAUUACCCUUUUGAGCGCUGACCCGUGGGACGGACACGGUGCAACCAAGUGUUGAGGUGCGACCCCCGACCCCCAGGGGGCAGACUGGACCCCCCGCCCCCCAUCACCCCCUGAGGUAGCAGACUGGACCCCCCGCCCCCCAUCACCCCCUGAGGUAGCAGACUGGACCCCCCGCCCCCCAUCACCCCCUGAGGUAGCAGACUGGACCCCCCGCCCCCCAUCACCCCUGAGGUAGCAGACUGGACCCCCCGCCCCCCAUCAUCCCUGAGGUAGCAGCCUGGACCCCCCGCCCCCCAUCACCCCUGAGGUAGCAGACUGGACCCCCCGCCCCCCAUCACCCCUGAGGUAGCAGCCUGGACCCCCCGCCCCCCCAUCACCCCUGAGGUAGCAGACUGGACCCCCCGCCCCCAAUCACCCCCUGAGGUAGCAGACUGGACCCCCCGCCCCCCAUCACCCCCUGAGGUAGCAGACUGGACCCCCCGCCCCCCAUCACCCCCUGAGGUAGCAGACUGGACCCCCCGCCCCCCAUCACCCCCUGAGGUAGCAGACUGGACCCCCCGCCCCCAAUCACCCCUGAGGUAGCAGACUGGACCCCAUCAACCCCUGAGGUAGCAGCCUGGACCACCCCCGCCCCCCAUCACCUCUGAGGUAGCAGCCUGGACCCCCCCCCCCUGCAGGUAGCAGCCACAGUAAGAAUCACAUCUCAGCAGGGUUUACUGUAUUGUUGUAAUGUGAUAACUUUCUACUGUUAGAAUAAUAAUGCUAUAACUCUAUAUUGUUAGAAUAAUAAUGUUAUAACUCUGUUAUAAUAUUGUUAUAACUAUAUACUGUUAUAAUAUUUAUAUUAUCUUAAUGUAAAUUUAAAGCAUAAUUAGAACAUAAAUCAAUAUUAAUGCUAUAACUCUGUUGUAAUGAAAUGUUAUAACUACUGUUCUAAUAGUAAUGUUAUAACACCUUAAGUCACAGCCUCAGCCUGUGUUCACUCCUGUCACCUCAGCUUGCCCUUAGUGUUUAGAUCUGACCUGUGCAUGCAUAGCGAUCACUGUAUAGUACUGUACAUACACUAUGGUAAUGAUGUUCACAUGAAGAAAUGCCUAAAAUAUAAACUUUAAGAAACUAUAUAAAUCUGUAGAUCUAUAUAGAUGGGACUUGGGAUAGGAGACUGCUGUGUAGAAAGUAAACAUUUUAAACCGAUUUAAGCGUGCUAAAGUUGAACUUUGACUUGCGAUUGUGCUUCCUGUGUUCCUGGUGCCUUCUGCAGGGGAGGCUAGACUACAGGGAGCAUUGGUUUUGAAUUUGCUUGACAUUGUUGAUGUUAAGGUUGCGACCUGACGCUUAUUGCAGUGUAUGAUGGGAGACCCAAUAUUACCAGAGAGGUAGAUUUAGCAAUACUUUGAUCUUAUGCAAAUGUCUCACUGAAUCAUUUGAGUUGUGGUUUCUGUUGGGUAGGGUGAAGUACCAUGAUUCUGGUACGGGUUAUACAAAAUUACUUCUGUCAAUGGAAAUGUAUUGUUUACCGUUUUUUAGAUGUUCGAAUGAUAAAAUUCAACAGUAUCAUACCAAUAUAACGUCACAAAUAAUGAAAUGGGGCAAGAUUAUUUUGAUAAACAAUGCAGAAGGCUUUACCAGAGUGCAAUUUGUAAAAUGUUGUCCAAAUUAGAUUUUCCGAGGAAAAUCUUGAAUGUGUUGUGGAACUAGGUGACUGAGUACCACAUUCCUGUUUCACUUCCAGUUGGCUUACGGAAAUAUUUGGGACCAGCUGUUUGAAAAUGAUAUAAUGUCGUCCUCUAGUGUUACCAGGAACUAACGGCUAUAACUAGUAACUACUAUAACUAGAAACUCCUUGUCAGUCUACAGAGUUCAGAUAGAUAUGACCUUUCUUUUUAUUUAUACACACAUUGACACUGAGUCAGGACCUUUUAUGAUCUUUAGACAGAUAAAGUUCAGCCUCUGAUUGUUGCGUGUACUGAUUCUUCUGAAGUGAUUUUUAAAAGGAGGUUUUGAGGUUAUAGUUGUAACUUGACCAGUUUAGGUUAUCAUGCACUGCAUAUGUUAUGUCAUUUUCAUUUUGUGUAGGUUUGUUUGAUUUGCAAUAUGCUGGAAUGUUUUCUAAUGAAAUAUCUAAUAGCUUUUGAACUGAGAUUGAACUGUAGAAUCUAUGAUAUGGAAGAGUACUGUUAAUAUAUGGGCAAUGUGAAAUACAAAGAUGUAAUGUAGAACACCACGUAUGUUAUUCAUAUAGUCAUUGCUGGUUGUGGAGAUAUAUACUGUAUUGAGAUGAAUAAAGAAAGUUUAUUUUUUUUCUUUAAA